AGACGCCACCGCGGCUGCUGGGCUCCGAGACCGGCUGCGAGCUUUCGUCCGGAGGCGGCUGCACGAUCGUCGGGCCCGUUUGCUGCACCCAGCGCCGAGACUCACGUAUCAGAGCGAGACCGUCGGAGCGCCCACCAUGAACGCUGCUGCACUGUUGUCGGCGAUGCUGCUGGUGGCCGGCUGCGCGAGCGCGGCCGCGGCGCCGGCGGCCGAGGAGCCGAUCCCGAUCGUCAGCCAGACGCAGGAGGGCCCCAACCCGGACGGCUCGUACAAGUGGGCCUUCGAGGCCGGCAACGGCAUCAAGGCCAACGAGGAGGGCCACCUGAACAACGCCGGCGCGGAGAACGAGGCCAUGCACGCCGAGGGCGCCUUCAGCUACAAGGCCGACGACGGCGCCGACAUCGCCAUGACCUACGUGGCCGACGAGAACGGCUUCCAGCCGCAGGGCGCGCACCUGCCCACGCCGCCGCCCAUCCCCGAGGCCAUCAAGCGGGCGCUCGAGUGGAACGCCGCCCACCCCGAGCAGGACGACCAGAAGUCCUGAGCGCGCGCCCGUCUCGCCUUCCCUUGCCUCUGCUUCGCGCGCACUCGUCCCAAGGAUCGAGUCCUCGCCUCUCUGCUCUCUCCCUCCUCUGUACAUACGCGUCCCGCUGUCCUCCUCGAUCGAACGAGCGCGUGUGUCGUGCUGCUGCUGCUGCUGCUGCUGCUGCUGCUGCUGCCGCCGCCGCUGCUGCCGCUGCCGCCACCCCCGCUGCCGCCGCCACCGCACGGAUGUCCUGUGUAUCGUGCGUCAAGGUAUCUGAACUUACCUGCGUCCACGUUAAAAUAUAUGUAUUUAUGUAUACGCGCAUCCGAUGAUCUGUAUCGGCUCUUGCCGUUCGCCGCAGACGCGCGGUUUUCAAUGAAAAGACAAGCAAAGGUAGACCUCACGAUCGGUAGCUCAUAAGCACUUUCUUCUUUACUGAUAGUACUUGUAUACUCUUCUCGGCGCAGCCGAUGCCGCAUUAUAAUUGUACACGUAUGAAAUAAAACGUUGCAUCCCA